ACAUGAUCGUACAUGUAGUGAAGAAAGAUUUCCAGAUUGGAGUCAGAGGCAAAUGGGUCAUCAGGUUUGCUAAUGACUGCUGCUAGCAGUAGUUGCUUGUUAGCAACUCCUCACUACGAGUACGAGGAAGAGUAGAUCUUUACUUUGUUGUGGUUGUACUCACUGCACUGCGACCAGAGCCUUCAUAGAUCUGCUGUACAACCCGGUGGCACUUCACGACGGCUUGAGUCUGUACUUCUGUCCGAUUUCGCUGUGAGCCUGGAAUGAAGACGUUCCGAGCGAGGCUAAAAAUGCUCAUUUGGACGAGUUGCCCGCUCUUUUAUAUCACGCCGCAGCCCCGAGCAAACUGCUUACAAGUAACUUAGUUGCAGCCUAGACUCAAUUAUUAUUUCCCCCUGUCACGAGGGACAGCGCAGCCAGGCUGUUGGUUGUCUGGCGGGAGAGUUGAUACCGCUACCCAGUCGAGUCGGGAGUGGUUCGUGCCGACAAAGUAAGGCCAAACUGAAGGCGAUCAACAAUGCAGUUUCGCCUUGAAAAGAGACUGACUUGAGACCUGAGCCGUCGGCCAUCCCUCUCUCGAAUAAUUCAAUCUCUAAAGGAUCUGUCUGCGACUUACCGAGGGAGUUUACGUAUACAUUAUUAUGAGAGUUCAUUUUAUGUGCACCUAGUUUCACCGUUAUCAAUCUCUCAUUCGUAACUAGUGCCGCGGGCUUCGCUGCGGGUCCUUGCGAAAGUGAGCAAGAAGAGCUUGCAGCUGAGUAGGUGUGAGAGGUGGUGCAGAGUGACCAAGCGCUAGGAACUGUGGGCCGCUGAACCUUGGCCAGGUACGACGUCAGCAACGGCGCUGCACUGGUGAACUAAGAGCAACACGUGUGCACAAGAGAAUUACAAUGUUUGGGAUCAGUGGUAGCGCUGCUUCUCCUCCGCGAUUGUUUGUGCUCGGCGUGUUUGUGAUGGUGGCGAUCAGCAUGCCCAGUGCUGCUAUGAGCACUGCGACGUGCCCUCAGUGUAAUGAUACACACAGCUGUGCCAGGCCAGAUCUUGCGUAUGUGGAAUGUCCAGUCAGCACCCAUCAGUGUGUUGCUUCAUUCAAGGGAUGCCAUGGCAGCGUGCGAAUGCUGGAAGCGUAUUGUGAACCCAAAGCUGCGCAGGUAUUGUGUUCCGUAGCCAGUGAUCAGGUCUGCUGCAGUGAUCCUGAGAACACACAAUGUCGUGCCAGGUUGAUGGCGUUCCUGAAGGACAACAGGUCGUGUGACGUAGUUACAGAGCCACCACAACGUACAUCACCAUUAUCAUCAUCAACAAACCUACACAAAGGAAGUGACGGAAUGCCGACGGAAAUAGUUGUUGUCGUGUCCGUCUUAGCCUCUCUGGUCUUCAUCGGACUUAUGCUUCUUAUUGGGUAUGUAGCUGUACGCAAGCAGAGACAAGCCAAGGGCAAUGGCAAGAUUUUCGUCUCUCCCAGCAGAUUCCCAAUAGAUAUUGUCACAUCAGAAGCAAUCAGCGAUGACUCUGGUUGCGAUAUGGGCGAGUCAAGCGGGAGAGGGAUACUGCAGCUGGAGGAGAGGACCAUCUCGCGUGAAAUUGACCUGCUCGACCAAAUUGGCACUGGGCGGUUUGGUGAAGUGUACCGGGGCCGAUGGAGAGAAGACCAAGUUGCCGUCAAGAUCUUCAAGACCAUUGAGGAGGCAUCGUUCUUCCGAGAAGUCGAGCUCUUCAACACGUGCAUGCUGCGUCACGAGAACAUCCUCGGCUUCCGUGCGGCCGACAAUCGCGACUUCAACAUGGAGACUCAACUGUGGAUGGUACUGGACUACCAUUGCAAUGGCUCCCUGUAUGAUUACCUCCGUCGGCACAGCACGCAAAACCCAUCACCAAACCGUAAAUGCCUGGGCCUGGAUGACCUUCACAAGAUGGCGCUGUCCAUCGCAGCUGGCGUGAUGCACCUCCACAACCAUAUCGAUGGCCAGUCGUUUGGCAACAAGCCGGGCAUAGCGCAUCGAGAUCUGAAGAGCAAGAACAUCCUGGUAAAGCAGGACGGUACAUGCUGUAUAGCUGACCUGGGCAUGGCUGUACGUCACAACCCCAGUCAGAAUGCUAUUCACUUCUUGGACAAGGACAACUUGAAGGUGGGCACCAAGCGCUACAUGGCACCGGAGAUCCUGGACGGCUCCAUCAAUCCUCACGUGUUCGAGUCGUUCCGCAUGGUAGACAUCUAUGCGCUGGCGCUGGUCCUCUGGGAAAUUGCAACUGUGUGCUGCCCGUCUUCCGAUGAGCUUCCAACCUACAAGUUCCCGUUUGAGGAGUCGGUCCCUGGUGAUCCGUCCGUGGAGGAUAUGUACGGAGCUGUGUGCGUCAGGAAACUUAGACCCAGCCUUCCGGACCAUUGGCUUGAAAAUAAGAAACUGGCCGUCCUUGUACGUAUCAUUCGCACAUCGUGGAAAGAGGAGCCGCAGAGUCGCUUUGCCGUUCACCGUAUCUGGCGCAAUCUGCAGUCAGACGUGGCUGCUGCCACUUCUACGGACAAUGCCCUUAUAUCUCCGGUCUAGCCCUCCCUCUCUCUCUCUCUCUCUCUCUCUCUCUCUCACACACACACACACUCACAUACACACACGGCUCACUCGGCCUUGUCCCUGGCCGCCCACAUGCUUGUUAUUGCGCAGCUUGAUGUGUGCGGCUGGCUCACUUGAUAUGAUCACUUUCAUACGUUUAGCUUCGAACAGUUUGAUGUGACUAGAUUGUGUUAUGAUCUGGUGACAAUCUCGAUUUCUUUCAACUUCUCAAUUUCGCCAAUGACUUGAUUUGAGUACCGUAUGAUUUGAGCUGAUUACCCAGGUGCCCUACCUGAGGUUUUCCUUGAGCGCUUCACACUACGAUUUGAAUACCAGCACUGUGCCAAUUUUUCCGAGUGCUCGUAUGCUAUUUGUAUUCUGUUUGAACUCCAGGGUAGGUUCAGUAGCCAUUCUUUAGCCAUCGUCCUGCUGCUGCGCAAUGCUUUUGUCAGAAUGUAAUUGAUAAUGGAGAACUAAAAUGAUGCGUUGGACCUUUCAACGUAACCUA